UACAAUAUAGAAUGCAUGGAAGCGUUUUUGCAACAGACAGAAUGGUGGAAACCCGCCUUUCCUCAUAGUUCUGUUUGACUGAGUUUUUACUUCACUGCAUGCAGCUGACAUAAUUUGUGUCAUUUCUUCAGAAUGAAACACAAGACCCAGUCAUACAGUGCAGAAGAGGAGCCGCUCUGCAAAAUCCCACGAAUUGAUGAUUUUAAUAUUUUGGAGACGCCUUUGUCCAACUCGAUUUUGAAACGUAAACAAAACCAUGUGCACAGUGCUGGCAAACGAAAAUACGACACAGAUAUUGUGACUGACGAUACCGAUGACAUGGUUUGUGAAACAGAAGCUAAGAAAAGAAAGAUUGUGAGAAAGGAGAUUGGCUCAGAAGUAGCAUGUAAAAUUAUUGCUGAUGAUGUUUUGAAUGAGGAGCCAUCUUCAACAAGCAGUGGACAUUCAGCUGAAUACAUAACUAAAAUUGAAAAACGUGAUUUUUCUUGCUUCAAUUUCUGGAGAUUGCCUUUACCAAAUAUUGAUUUGUGUGAAAUUGGAUGACUAUAUUUUGUGAAAAGAAUUGGAGAUGUGGUUGAUAUGCUGUUUCAUUAAUCCAAAAUGAACAGAGGAGAAAAAAAUCUUCAUCAGUUGUGUCGAUUCAUUAAGCAGAAUGGAGUAGCAUCAUCAUUUGUUUUGAUUUAUGAGCUAAAAAGAGCUGAAUUAUUCAUUUCUAGAAACACACUAGAUUGAAAGAACAUAUUGUAAAGUUUCUCUAAUUUUCAUUAAACUCAUCAUAUUUGUAAAGAGUUUUAAUUACUUUUCAAGUUGAGCAAGAAUGUAUUAAAUAGUCAUUGUGUUAAAGUUUAUUGUAUGUUUCAUCCUGUUUCAUUAUCAUGUAAUCAUAGAUGCCAUUUUGUCUUUUAUCUUUCUUGUUUAAAUUUUUUUAUUUUUUUAUUUAUUUCCCUUUUUUGUAUUUCCAGACUUUCUACCACAACCAUCACUGGUCAGAUUUUCGUAAAGAGUAUUUCAGGAUUUCUGGAAAUAUUAAUAUUUUACCUGUGGGGCCUAUUGUUUGAACAAAGCUAAGGGAUGAGACAUAUUUACAAAUCUAAUUGUACAUUUAUCACUGCAGAGGGGACUUUGCUGGACAAAACAGAUGUGUAAUGCAGUUAACAAGAGACCAAAUGGGCCUGUAUUGCUCAUCUGCUUCUAAUGCGGCUUUGAAGUUGAUCUUGGACAUUCUAGGUCAUGUAUGCAGAUGCACAGCUGAUUAACCACUUUAUUCAAAUAAAUAGGCUAGGUUUAUUCUUUGAAA